CGCGAAUUCCGCCUGUUUUGCCUGGAAAACCACCCCUAAAUGACCUUCGGCCUUGGUAGGUAGCGAUCAUCUGGCCAUGACAACGGCGCAGUUUCGUUAGUAUUCCAAACACCGCCUUCGAGAGCACAACACAGAUGACGUCAACCGCAAAUACAGGAUCUACGGCAGCAGCUUCUCUCCUGCAACUAAACGACGAUGUCCUGGCUUUAAUCGUCCGACAAGUGAAUGUUUACCAGCAGUACGAGAUCGGUAGGAUGAACCGUCGAUUGGAGAGCAUAGUCCAGAUGUUAUGGAGGACCCGAGUCCGUAGUGUGGCCCUUCAAGACGAGAUGUUCCGUCGAUCUGGAACCAAUUCGCGACAGUUUUUGGCCUUUAUCCUGGCCUUGGCGCCUUACAUGCAACGUCUGAGCUGCCAGCAGUUGGACGUUCGCCGCCUGCGAGUCCUGAGCAGCCACACCCUAGAGGGGAUCACCUCGCUGGAAUGGCUGGGCGACGGGAAUCGGCGGGGACGUGUUCGCUUCGUGGACGAGGAUGUGCGAUUGCUAAGACGAGUAUUUCCCAAUUUAAGGAGGCUCAAGCUGAGGAGCUGCCAAAUAACCGGAAAGUACCUGUGCGAUCUAGAGUUCCUUAACGAACUCUGCCUGGAUGACUGCCAGUUUCUGGAGUCGCAGCACUUUAGAGAUCUCUUCCGACAGCUGCGCCUCCGCAAAUUCGAUAUUAUGGAGGAUUGCGACGAGGUGAACUGCUGUGAUCUUGCUGACUUGCAUCUGUGCCCCACGUUGGAGCACAUUAAGAUUGCCGAUUAUCACCUGUGCAUGGAGUCGGAUAUUACACAGCAGCUCCUCCGCCUGCCACGCCUUCAAAAACUGUCGAUAUACUCCAAGAAUUUUGUCUUCGAUGUUCUGUCACGGAUAGCGCGUCCCAGUAAUCCACCCGCAGCAGGCAGACCCAUCGAAGGCUUUCGCUUCAGCGGCAUACUGCACGACCAUGAACGGUUUUUCCGGGAGCUGGGCAACCUCCGUCUGCUGAAACGACUGGAGUUGCAUGGUCAGGCGGAGGAGGAGGAGGGCGGCCAGCUGCAGUGCCUGGAGGAUCGGAUGCUGCGACAACUUGCUAGUCAGCUUCCGGAGCUAACCGAACUCCAUCUGUGUGGCUAUCAGCUGGAAAGUCCCUUGGGCCUGUUGGAGUUCGUGAUUAAUUGUCGGCAGCUAAGGAUCUUGGAUAUCACGCGCACCCGAUGCCACGGAGAGUCCUUUGUUUGGAGCUGCCUCGGGAUCUUAGCCAAGCAAAGGUGGCGCAGCCAGCCCCUGGAACUGUGGAUCCGACUUAGCGACGUCAAGCCGGAGAUAGUCCAAAGUCCUCGUUGCUUGGACAAUGUGAAUCUAAUAAAGAUCGAUGCAAAGCAGAUCGGACCUAGUAUGGACUGCUUCUCCGGGGUUCUUAAGUUCAGCUUCGCGCGGUGACUGAAGACAGAACUAAGUAAUAUACCUAGGGCCUUCCAAAUACAGCACUCUAUACUGAUCGCUUCAGAAUCGAUUAAGAAGUUUUAAACUGAACUCUAAUUAAGUGUCUUUGUCAUAUAAAUAAAUAAAUAUUUCAAAUAAAACUCUACGGCUUGCUUCGAAGAUUUAAGCUAAAAAUAUUAUUAUUACCAUAUACUAUAUAGUCCAAAUU